GUCAUGCUCCGGAGUUCAACGUUAGUGUGUGACUGGAGUGCUGCCAAAUUUGCAGCAAAUGUAAUCCUGGUUUAGCAAUACAAGAGAAAACAACUUCAGUGCUGGUGACACUCCCUACAACCUUAGUUAAGAGAGAGAUAUUCGGUCCGGAAACUUGCUUGUAAUUCUAUCCUUGAGUACGUGACCGCACCCAUCAGGAAAAGUGGCGACAGUUGAGCGCUUUUCACCGUCCUGAAUGAUGUCCCUGACCAGGAAAGCAGAGGAGGCUCUCAGUGUUACCGUCAGCGCAGCCAGGGCGCUGCAGGAACUGCUCAGAACAAACCUGGGGCCCAAAGGCACCAUGAAAAUGUUGGUUUCCGGCGCUGGAGACAUCAAACUGACCAAAGACGGCAGUGUGCUGUUAAAGGAGAUGCUCCUCCAACAUCCCAUAGCCUCCUUCAUUGCCCAGGCGGUGGCCGCUAUGGAUGACACUGUGGGAGAUGGAACCACCUCUGCUGUGCUUAUCAUUGGGGAACUCCUGAAACAGGCCCAGCGCUACAUCUCAGAGGGAGUCCACCCACGAACCAUCGUAGAAGGAUUGGAAAUAGCCAGGGAAGAAGCAAUAUCCUGCCUGGAUGAACUUUGGGAAGAUGAAGAUUGUUUCAUCAGGAAGAAAGUAGCUCGGACCUCACUUGGGACCAAGGUUCACUCAGAGUUGGCAGACCUCCUGACGGAGCUGGUGGUGGACGCAGUGACAUCUAUUUAUUGCGACAGACAGCCCAUUGACCUAAACCUGGUGGAAAUAAUGGAGAUGCAACAGCAGACAGACUGUGACACUGUCCUAGUGAAAGGGCUGGUUCUAGACCAUGGUGCUCGCCAUCCUGACAUGAAGAAGCGUUUAGAGAAUGCUUACAUCCUCACCCUGAAUGUGUCUCUGGAAUAUGAGAAAACACAGGUCAACUCUGGCUUCUUUUACAAGAAUGUCAAGGAAAGGGAAAGGUUUGUGAAAGCUGAGCGACAGUUCAUUGAGGAAAGAGUAAAGGCAAUCAUAGCACUGAAGAGAAAGGUGUGCGGUGACUCCGACAAAGGAUUUGUUGUGAUCAACCAGAAAGGCAUCGACCCUAUGUCUCUUGAGAUGCUUGUGAAAGAGGGUAUUGUAGCCCUUCGAAGAGCCAAGAGGAGGAAUAUGGAGAGGUUGCCACUGGCAUGCGGAGGUCUGGCAGUAAACUCUGUGGAGGACCUGACUGAAGAGUGCUUAGGCUAUGCAGGACUAGUAUAUGAGGAGACACUGGGAGACAGCAAGUACACUUUUAUUGAAAAGUGUGAUAACCCCCAAUCCAUCACACUGCUUAUUAAAGGACCCAAUAAGCACACAAUUACCUUGAUCAAGGAUGCCAUUAGGGAUGGGAUGCGAGCUGUGAAGAAUAGCAUUGAGGAUGGUGCAGCCAUGCCUGGGGCAGGCGCUGUUGAAAUACGCAUUGCAAGCCAGUUAUUAAACUACCGUAAAGAUAAGAUCAACAGUUGUGCACAAUUUGGAUUUCAAGCUUUUGCCGAUGCCAUUCUGAUCAUCCCAAAGACACUGGCCCAGAAUGCCGGAUAUGAUCCUCAAGAGAUCAUGUCAAAGGCCCUGAGCAGAGAACAGGAAACUACCCUACCAGUGGGCAUUGAUUUAUCUUGUGGUGAGUUAAUAGUAGACUGGGAGACUCCUAUAUGGGACAAUUCUUGUGUCAAGCAUCAGUUGAUACAUACAUGUACCGCAGUAGCAAGUAACCUCCUCUUAGUAGAUGAGGUUGUAGGAACCGGAACGAUUUCAGGGAAAAAGUGAAUGGAUCGGACUGGAUUAUCAAAGUCUCAUCGAUUUAGAGACUGAAGUGAUUUUGAUGGAGAAUGCAGAUCAGGAUUACUGGGGAAGUGAGAAAUAAAACAAAAUAAAGUAAUAAAUGAAAUGGGGAAAAAAGUUAAAAUGUACAGAAUGUAAUGAAGGAUUGAUACAUCUGGAAUGUGUAAGGAAAGCCAUAAUGACUAAAAUUGAAUAAAUAUCGUGAAUUUG